AUGUCAGAAGAUCAAGUUAAAGUAGCUGUCCGUAUCAGACCAUUCAAUAAACGGGAGAUAGAUCGCAACGCCGAAUUAAUAGUGUCUAUGAAUGGUUGUACAACUGUAAUCAAAAACCCCGAAAACCAGAAAGAUACUAAGCAGUUCACAUUUGACCAUUCAUACUGGUCACAUGAUGGUUUUAAAACCCAACCUGAUGGUGUACUAGUACCGAAUGGAGAGGAUUCAAAGUAUAUUAGUCACAACAAGUAUUCAAUGAUUUGGGUUGUCGACUACUAG